AUGCCGAAACCCCGGAAGAGGCUCGCUGGAGCUGCUGGGCCUGCUGGGCCAGACAAUAAGGGGCCAGCAGGAAAACGUACCAAGACUAAGAACCCAGUAGGGGCAUCAGCUACACUGGGUAACUCCAGCCCUGAGAAGACUUCAGCCUCUAAAAACUGUGGGAAGAAUCUAAGCAGUUACUGGCUGAUGAAGUCUGAGCCAAAAAGCCGACUAGAGAAAGGUGUAGAUGUGAAGUUCAGCCUUGAGGAUCUUAAAGCACAGCCCAAGCAGAAAGCAUGCUGGGAUGGUGUUAGCAACUACCAGGCCUGGAACUUCCUGCGAGCCAUGCAGCUAGAGCAAGAAGCGUUCUUCUACCAUAGCAACUGCAAAGAGCCAGGCAUUGCAGGACUUGUGAAGAUUGUGAAGGCAGCUUACCCAGACCACAACCAGUUUGAGAAAAACAAUCCCCAUUAUGACCCAUCCAGCAAAGAAGACAACCCCAAAUGGUCCAUGGUGGAUGUACAGUUUGUUCGGAUGAUGAAGUGUUACAUUACCCUGGCUGAGCUCAAAACCCAUUACCAAGCUCACAAAACCACUGGAGGCCCCUUAAAAAAUAUGGCUCUCUUCACUCGCCAGAGACUCUAA